AUGAAGCAAGUAAUUGUUGGUGUACCUUGGUUUGAUAAAAUAUGGAAUAAUAGUUUAAGCAAGAGGAGGCACCAAAUUAAAAGUUAUCAACAGUUUUAUAAUAAUAAUCAUCAUUUUGAGUUGGAUACUAUUGAAAUUCCCCACAAUUCAAUCAAUAAAUUGAUUGAUGAACUUAUUGGAUUCAUAAAAUUUGUAGAAUUACAAUUUGAACUUUAUGAAUUAUUUUUACCAUAUCCACAAUUAUAUAUUCUAUGCAAGAUAUCAACGUUUGAAUUACCUAAAACAAAAUUCGACUUUUCUUCUUUAAAUGAUGCAAUGAAGAGUUUUAUUAGAUUAUGUGUGUUGAUGGAUCAAAACUUUUAUAAUAUUGGACAAGCUUUAAAUAAAGAACAAGAAGGUGAUUUUAUUUGCAAAUCACCUAUGAAAAGAUAA